CGAGCAGCUCGCUACUUGCGAGGACGUUGUGUCCUCUCUUCUGAACUUGAGCAUGCUCCAGGCUCGUCAGGAGCGACUCACCCUCCAUGUCGCCACCCUGCGUCGCCUUUCUCACCAUCCUCUCUGACCCUGAUCGCACCCUACCGAUUAUCCCCGUACGACUCGGAACCUCUACGAGGGUGUACUCAGCGCUGUGGGAUUCCGGUUCUCAGGGCGACUUUAUUCACCUACGCGUGGUGAAAGAAGCCCGCUUACCCACGACAGGGUCUCCGACUCCCAUCUCCGUUACCCAAGGGGAUGACAAGACCCAACGCUUCUUCGAUCAGACGGUCACCGACCUCCCUUUCUUCCUCACUCUCGAGCCAAGUGAUCGUUCCCCGGCGUCUCGUCGCCACCGCUCCUCUGCACAUUUCGAUGUGAUGGAGACGGGGUACGACUUCAUUCUCGGCACUCCGUGCUUCCACAGCACCGAGGCCGAUUGUGCGACCAACACUCUCGUUCUCAAAACGAAGUGUGGACAGACGUAUCGUGUACCUUUCAUAGGUACCACCGCGACACCACGCCCUGAUCCUCCUCCCCCGGAGCCUUCCGUGCCCACACCACCUCCUUCUAUCACUGUCACCUCGCCUCGGCAGUUCGCCCACUUCAUCCGACAGGACGACGUCACCUUCUUUAUGGUGAACGUGACGGAUCUCUUACACUAUGAUUCACCCUGUCCCGACGCCGAGGUCAUCCCUCUGGAGCCAGAUCCUCCUUCUAUCUCCAUGAAUCUCAUCUUUACUUUCGUCCCUCCAUCGUCCGUCGAGUCCACCUCGCAGUCGCGCGCUGACGCCGACGCUGAGGAACUCGCACGAUAUACGGAUGACGUGGAGCCCGCAGUUCGUGACCUCAUCCGAGAGUACCACGACGUCUUCCCAUCGUCGUUCUCGUACGCCGGCAUCCCACCGAUGCGUGACGUCGAGCACUCCAUCCAACUUGUGUCUGACUAUCGUGUUCACCAUCAGGCACCCUAUAGACUCCCGAUCCUCGAGGCCACCAUACUCAAGCGUCAGCUUGAGGAGCUCCUGAGACUGGGUUUCAUUAAACCCAGCAACUCCCUGUGGGGUGCACCCGUCCUCUUUGCUCGCAAAGCGGAUGGAACUCUUCGUCUCUGCAUCGACUACCGCGGUCUCAACCGCUACACGGUUAAGAACAGCUACCCCAUGCCUCGUUUCGAUGAGUUGUUCGACCGCCUAGCAGGCAACCGCUUCUUUACGAAGAUUGAUUUUCGUAGCGGUUACCAUCAGAUCCACGUCGCUGCAACCGACCAGCUGAAGACAGCGUUCCGAUCGCGCUUCGGCCACUAUGAGUUUACGGUGAUGCCAUUCGGUCUCACCAACGCACCCGCCACCUUCCAGAGGGUGAUGAACGACAUCUUCAGGGAUAUCCUGGAGCAGUUCGUUCUCGUGUACCUCGACGAUAUCCUGGUCUACAGUCGUACCCUUGAGGAGCACCUCAGAUACCUCCGCGACGUCCUUGACCGCUUGCGCAGACAUGGCUUCUACGCCAAGCUGAGCAAGUGCCGCUUUGCCCAACACAAAGUGAAUUUCUUAGGACACUACGUGUUUGACCAGGGUCUCCACAUGGACGACGAGAAGAUCACUGCUAUGGCGGAUGCACGUGAGGUCGCCGACAUCGUAUUUGACCGAGUCGUACGUGACCACAGCUUACCUCUGAGCAUCAUAUCUGACCGUGACCCUCGCUUUACCAGCCGAUUCUGGCGACGGUUCCACGAGGUUUACGGCACUCAGCUCCGCUUCUCCUCGUCCUACCAUCCUCAAACUGAUGGCCAGACCGAGAUCACGAACAGGACUCUUGGAGAUAUUCUCCGAAAGAUUGUUCGUGACGACCAGCAGUGGGAUCUCCAUCUUGCCCACGCGGAGAUAGCCUACAACCACGCCGUCUCGCCAUCCACGGGGAUGUCGCCUUACUAUUGCGACCUCGGCUACCACCCUCGUGUUCCCGCGGACUUCUUUCGACCGUCCCAGUUGCAUCCCGACAUGAGUUGUCCUGCGCUGGAUGAUUGGGUUGCACACAUGACGUCGAUCAUGAAGACCGCACAUGAGCACAUAGCCGCUUCCCAGACUCGCAUGGCAGCACGUGCGAACCGAUUGAGGAUGGAUCAUCCAUUCAAAGUCGGUGAUGAUGUGCUUAUCGACACUCGCCACUUACAGCUCGAAGCGGACACGCUUCGCAAGUUUUGGCGUCGCUUCUUUGGCCCAUGCCGCAUCCUCCAGGCCGUCAGUUCUGAUACGGCAUCCAGCCCGGUCAGCUUUCAUGUGAAGCUGCCCGACUACCUACGCCAGACUCGUGUGCACGAUGUCUACCACGUCUCGUUACUGCGUCCUUACCGCAGACCAUCUGAGCAUUUCGCUGGACGACCAUACGAGCGCCCUCCACCCAUCAUGGUGGACGGCCACGAGGAGUUCCUCGUUUCAGACAUCAUUGGUCGCCGAGUCACCGACGACAACCAUCCCCACGUCGAGUAUCUCGUACGUUGGAAGGGUUACCCUGAUGAGGAGGCUACCUGGGAGCCCCUCGAGCACUUGCAGCAAGCUCGCAUGUUGGUGCGUGCCUAUGACCGUGCUCGUCGUGUCGGGUUCACUGCUCCUCCUCAGCCCACUGACCCUCCUCCUUCUCCCCAAGCUGAGGAGACCGCUAAAGUCGAGCCUGCUCCAUCUGAGGCUGACCUUUAGCAGCAGCCGGAUGCUUCUGAGCGUCCACAACGCACUCGUCGUCAUCCUGCUCGAUACAACAAUUGACUCUGACUUACCUUCCCACGU